GCCUCCUGCGCCCCGCGGCCCGCUCUGGGAGCGGGUCUUGUGCCCUCGCCUUGCCCCUCGGCUGACCGGGCUCCUAAGCCCGCCCAGGCCCCGUACAGCUGGCCGCUUGAGGACAGUCGCUAGCCGUGAUCGCCGCCAGGUAGAAUAUUUCUAUAUCUUGAAGAUAAGGCAAAAAUCUUCUCUGUAAUAGAUGGAUUUUUAUCAGUUUCUGUGAACUAAAGCGAUUCAAUGUCUCUUCUGGAUUGUUUCUGUGCUUCACGAACACAAGUUGAAUCACUCAGACCAGAAACACAGUCUGAAACCAGUAUCCAUCAAUACUUGGUUGAUGAGCGAACCCUUUCCUGGUUGCCUCCAUCUACUAGAGCCAGUGAAGUGAUCUGUUCCACCAAUGUUUCUCACUAUGAACUCCAAGUGGAAAUAGGAAGAGGAUUUGACAACUUGACUUCUGUCCAUCUUGCACGGCAUACUCCUACAGGAACACUGGUGACUAUAAAAAUUACAAAUUUGGAAAACUGCACUGAAGAACGCCUGAAAGCUUUACAAAAAUCAGUGAUUCUAUCCCACUUUUUCCGGCACCCCAAUAUUACAACUUAUUGGACUGUUUUCACUGUUGGCAGCUGGCUUUGGGUUAUUUCUCCGUUUAUGGCCUAUGGUUCAGCAAGUCAACUCCUGAGGACUUAUUUUCCUGAAGGAAUGAGUGAAACUUUAAUAAGAAACAUUCUCUUUGGAGCAGUGAGAGGGUUGAACUAUCUGCACCAAAAUGGCUGUAUUCACAGGAGUUUUAAAGCCAGCCAUAUCCUCAUUUCUGGCGAUGGCCUAGUGACCCUCUCUGGCCUGUCCCAUCUGCAUAGUUUGGUUAAGCACGGACAGAGGCAUAGGGCUGUGUAUGAUUUCCCACAGUUCAGCACAUCAGUGCAGCCGUGGCUGAGUCCAGAACUACUGAGACAGGAUUUACAUGGAUAUAAUGUAAAAUCAGAUAUUUACAGUGUUGGGAUUACAGCAUGUGAGUUGGCCAGUGGGCAGGUACCUUUCCAAGACAUGCAUAGGACUCAGAUGCUGUUACAGAAACUGAAAGGUCCUCCUUAUAGCCCAUUGGAUGUCAGUAUUUUCCCUCAGUCAGAAUCCAGAAUGAAGAAUUCCCGAUCGGGGGUUGACUCUGGGAUUGGAGAAAGUGUACUUGUCUCCAGCGGAACUCGCACAGUAAAUAGUGAAAGACUGCAAACACCAUCAAAAACUUUCUCCCCUGCCUUCCUUAGCUUGGUUCAGCUCUGUCUCCAACAAGAUCCCGAGAAAAGGCCAUCAGCAAGCAGUUUAUUGUCCCAUGUUUUCUUCAAACAGCCUUAUUUUGAGUUUCUUUAACAGAUGAAAGAAAAAAGCCAGGACUCAAUACUUUCACUGUUGCCUCCUGCUUAUCACACGCCAUCAAUAGCACUGCCUCCAGCGUCUCCUUGGACUGAGUCAGAGUGUGAUUUUCCUGAUGAAAAAGACUCAAACUGGGAAUUCUAGGGCUGCCAGAUCCUUUUAUGUCCUAUGUAUUUGACACUUUCUCCCUGCUGCUUUUUCUUCUGUAUACAAACACUAGAAUUAUACUUGAAGAUACAGUUGCACUGGAGAAUCUAUCAUUUAAAGCCACUCUGUUCAAAGCAUGAGUUUAUAGCCCCUUUGGUUAGUUCAGAGUGCUGUUACGACUCCAGGGAAUUUAGAAUUAUUACUCUAGCCACAUUUAGGGUCAUCUAUUCUCAGUUUUUUUCCCCAAAGCUGUGACUAAUAUCUCUUCUUGAUCUCUAAAUAUAAUUUUUGAGCCAGUUCAUUUUUUCAGCAUUUCGUUGCCCUCAGGGGAAUGAGCCCUCAAACGACAGUGCUUCCAAGUAGAUUUUUUACUUCCAGAUUCUCUAGCCUUUUUGAUCAGCUUUUGUUAGACCAACAGGCUAGUUUAUCCUGGCCUCAAACCUUUUUUUGGUAGCAGGGAAAAUGUUUAUAGUUUCCCAUUUCCUUAUGUUAAUACUUAGGGUAAUAUCAAACUGAGCCUCACAUUAAAUGAUUCACUUGAAAUAUGUAUAGAAGUUGUGAUUUGCUUUUUUUUUUAAAGGGCUAGUUAAAGUACCACUUUUCUACUUAUGCAAAUUAUAGCUCCUAAAUUCAUGCACCCUGUGGGAGCUCAAUAAAGAUUUACUGAAUUGA